CCUCGCCCCCCCCCGGAUCAAGUUGCCGAAGCGAAGAAGAAGCGUCGAUGCUAUUGUCCUUCCCAACCCCUGGCUAGUGUGCUAGACAAAGCGGUGGUGCUACGCCAGGGCAUCCGAGUCUGACAAGAAGCCUCCCGCGACCAUGGUAGUAUAUAACUGCCCCGUCCGUCGGGGGUAUCCCUCGAUGGGAGAUGUCUGCUCCACUAGUUCAUUAACAACAAGAGUCUUUCGUUCGUCUUCACUUGAUCUUCUUCUGUAGCAAGACCAUUUUUACGUUCGCUCCUGGUCCCGGCGACUCGAGUAUCAACAACAUCUUGUCCCACUACACUCGCUUUUCUCGACAGCUGUUUCCCCCUCCCCUGGUUACGUUCCAGUUUCUUCCCACACAACAACAGUAACAACAAGAUGCGCUACGCACUCAUUGCCUCCGCCCUCGUGGCCAGCGCCCAGGCCCACGGUCUCAUCCGCUGGGUGUACGGCGCCAACGGCGUCAAGAUGCCCGGCCUGACUGUCAUCGACGGCACCCCGCGCAACUGCGCCGUCAACGCCUGCGGCUCGCAGGCCGACACGGGCAUCAUCCGCGACCAGGACAUCAACGCCAACAAGGCCGGCGCGCUCGGCAAGACGCAGGGCCACGGCAGCGUCGACGCCGAGACCAACGUCGCCGUCUGGUGCGGCAACAAGCCCGCCCACGCCGCCCCGGCCAACAAGGGCGCCGAGGACUCGGUCGGCGUCGAGGACGCCCUCGGCGCCUUUGCGCCCCCCCAGCAGCAGAAGAAGGAGAAGAGGAGCAAGGCUCGCCGCCAGAGCAUGCUGGACAGCCUGCUCGGCGGCGCGUCCAACCUCCCCAUCAUCGGCAUCACCGGCAUCGGCGCCACCAAGGACAUGAGCGGCAUGCCCAAGACGGAGAACAUUAUCAGCGCGACGGCCGCCAAGGGCAAGGGCGAGGGCCAGUGCAACCUUCCCACGUGCGGCAAGGACGGCAUCAUCGAGGUCGGCUGGUUCCAGGUCAACCAGGACGGUGCCGGCCCCCUCACGGGCGCCGUCGACUGCACGUCGGGCGGCAAGGACCCCAAGGCCUUCAAGACGGCCCAGGUGGUGCAGAACGCGCCGGGCUCUGGCAUCUCGGGCCUCUCCGUCGCCACCCUCGUCGAGUACCAGGUCAAGGUCAAGAUGCCCGCCGAGUGCAAGAAGUGCACCGGCAAGCUCGGCGGCGCCGACAACGUCUGCGUCGUCCGCGUCCGCAACAACGCCCUCGCUGGCCCCUUUGGCGGCUCCGGCGCCUUCACCUGCAACAUGGAGGGUGGCGCCAAGAAGCGCUCCGUCGUCUUUGAGGCGUAGAUGAAGGAUGCAAAGAGGAGUUGGUGGACAACACACACGAAAUGUGAGAAGGAUGGAACGGACGACGUGCAUGCGAGGGGGCAUUCGAGAUGUUUGGUAAUCCUAGGUGUAGGCUGACUAUGUGGGGAGGAUAUGUGCCGCUAGACGGUGUAUAAAGACCCUCGUCACGACUCGUACUCUUUUAUAAUGUUUUUUAUACAUUCAUAUUCGUUUCGACGUCGUUCAUUGACACGGGGCAAAUGGUCUUGCUGGACCGGUCUCAGGUCAGAACGAUCGGAGAAGGAGCGAAUCUUCAAAGUCACGCCUCUCAAGGUAACGAACAAUGCAGCCCCGCGCUGGGGAUCAUGGUGUGCGGGACCGGUUUUACUAUUCUCGGGAGGGCAUCGAAUUGUUCCGAAGAUAGAUCUCGGCCAUCUGAGGCCUGUGGAGUGUCUUGACAAUGCUUGGCUUGUCACACACACACACACACACACACACACACACACACACACAAGUCGCAUAAAGGUCGUGGU